AUGGCUGAAAAAGUUCCAUCAUUCAAAAGUGGCGGAGCUCUAUGGUUUGUGGAUCUCACAACUCCAGAUAGCUUAUUCAUCUUACCUGUUCUUACAACAUUGACUUCAUGGAUUACAGUGGACGUAGGAUUUUAUUGUGCCAUAUUAACCCUUAACCCUUGGCUUUCCUCAGUGCAAUAUGCAGGGGGGGCCGGAAGGGAACCAGUAGCUGGCAACAUGAAAAAGCUUUUGAGAAUUUUUGUUGCUGUAUCAAUCCCAGUCAUGGUGACUUUUCCUAGGGCAUCGUUCUGUUGUUCGUUCACCUCCAACUUGUUUUCACUUGCAUAUGGCUUAGUAAUUAGACGCCCAGAAGUGAAGAAAUUAUUAGGCCUUCCUGAUGUACCUACAUCAGCUGAGACUGCACCACAACCUGAAUUUUCGUUGUUCUCAGAACCGAAGAGGCACACUGCAGUUAAAACAGAAUCUUCGUCACCUAAGACAACAAAGUUCACAGAGAUAAGUGUUCCUCCUUCAGUUGUUAGUCAGAGACGUCAACGAAAAGGAGUGAGAGGAAGAAAGAAAAGCAAGAACUAA